CUUGCUGCCAGAACCAUGAGGGGCCUCUCUGGUCCCAGGAUCGUGCUCUGUGGCCUGCUGCUACUGCUCCAGGCUCCUUGCAGCCCGGGUCUCGCCCUCCAGUCCAGAGGUCAUCUCUGCCGGACGCGGCCCACAGACCUGGUGUUCGUUGUCGACAGCUCUCGCAGCGUGCGGCCUAUAGAAUUUGAGAAGGUGAAAGUAUUCCUGUCCCAGGUCAUCGAGUCGCUGGACGUGGGGCCCAAUGCCACCCGGGUGGGCGUGGUCAACUAUGCCAGCACCGUGAAGCAGGAGUUCCCGCUGCGGGCACACGUCUCCAAGGCCGCGCUGCUGCAGGCCGUGCGCCGCAUCCAGCCGCUGUCCACAGGCACCAUGACCGGCCUGGCCAUCCAGUUCGCCAUCACCAAAGCCUUCAGCGAUGCAGAGGGCGGUCGUUCCAGGUCCCCCGACAUCAGCAAGGUGGUCAUCGUGGUGACGGACGGGAGGCCCCAGGACAGCGUGCGGGACGUGUCUGCGCGGGCUCGGGCCAGCGGCGUCGAGCUGUUCGCUAUCGGCGUGGGCCGCGUGGACAAGGCCACGCUGCAGCAGAUCGCCAGCGAGCCGCAGGAGGAGCACGUCGACUACGUGGAGAGCUACAACGUCAUCGAGAAGCUGUCCAGGAAGUUCCAGGAGGCCUUCUGCGUGGUGUCAGACCUGUGUGCCACGGGGGACCAUGACUGUGAGCAGGUGUGCAUCAGCUCCCCUGGCUCCUACACCUGUGCCUGCCGUGAGGGCUUCACUCUGAACACCGAUGGCAAGACCUGCAAUGUCUGCAGUGGUGGUGGUGGCAGCUCGGCCACUGACUUGGUCUUCCUCAUCGAUGGAUCCAAGAGUGUGCGGCCAGAGAACUUUGAGCUGGUGAAGAAGUUCAUCAAUCAGAUCGUGGAUACGCUGGACGUGUCAGACAAGCUGGCCCAGGUGGGGCUGGUGCAGUACUCAAGCUCUGUGCGCCAGGAGUUCCCCCUGGGUCGCUUCCACACCAAGAAGGACAUCAAGGCGGCUGUGCGGAAUAUGUCCUACAUGGAGAAAGGCACCAUGACUGGGGCCGCUCUCAAGUACCUCAUCGACAAUUCCUUUACUGUGUCCAGUGGGGCUAGGCCUGGGGCCCAGAAGGUGGGCAUUGUUUUCACUGAUGGCCGGAGCCAGGACUACAUUAAUGAUGCUGCCAAGAAGGCCAAGGACCUCGGCUUUAAGAUGUUUGCUGUGGGAGUGGGCAAUGCUGUGGAGGAUGAGCUGAGGGAAAUCGCCUCAGAGCCUGUGGCAGAGCACUACUUCUACACGGCUGACUUCAAGACCAUCAACCAGAUAGGCAAGAAGUUGCAGAAGAAGAUCUGUGUGGAGGAAGACCCGUGUGCCUGCGAGUCCCUGGUGAAAUUCCAGGCCAAAGUGGAGGGGCUGCUGCAGGCCCUGACCAGGAAACUGGAAGCUGUGAGCAAGCGGCUGGCCAUCCUGGAGAACACAGUCGUCUAAGGUUGCCUGUCGCCACUGCAGCCUCUCCAUCUCCUCACCUCAAGUGUGGCUCCAAGCGUCCUGUGCGUGUCCCCUGUAGCUUUGCCAUUUUAGUGAGGGAGGCCAGCCUGGCAGUGGGAAGGGGUGUGUCUGGGUGUGUCUAUUGGGAGUGUGUGAUUGCAUCUGGGAGCACCUGUGUGUGCAUGUGCGUGUGUGCCUGAGGCUGGGCAUGAGUCCGGAAGCCAGAAUGUGAGUGUGAGAGUGACAAUGCAGGGGUGAGUGUGAGAGGGACUGCGUUUGCAUUUUCCAAUCCAAAGCUUAAUAUAUUCCCAUUUUUUUAGUUAACCCUUUGUUGACUCUGAGUGCUGUGAAUUUCUUUACUGAUUUCUCUAUUCUCUGAUGAGAGACAAUGAAAUGUGAUUUAACUUAAACACUGAA